AUGGGGAUGAAUUUAGGAAACGGUAAGGUGUUGGUAAUGAUCUUGUUGCUAGGGUUGGUUCUGGUGCAGAUGGGCGAUGCCCGGAAGCUAGAGAAAGAAACAUUUGGUGGAUUUGGAGGUGGCAAAGAAGGUGGGUUCCAUUUCAAUGGUGGAUUUGGUAGUAAUGUUGGAUUUGGAGGUGGUGAAGAAGGAGGGCAUGGUGUUGGAUAUGGAGGUGGUGAAGGAGGAGAACAUGGUGGAUAUGGAGGUGGUCGAGGAGGAUGGCAUGGUGGUGGGGAAGGAGGAGAGCACGCUAGCGGAUGUGGAGAGCAUAAUGGAGGUGUUGAUGGUGGACAUGGGGGUGCCAAGGUGGUGACAAAGGAGGAGAGCACGGUAGAGGAUACAGAGGUGGCCAAGAAGGAGGGCAUGGUGGAGGUGGCCAAGGAGGAGAGCAUGGUGGAGUUGUCGGUGGUGGAUAUGGAGGGCACAACGGAGGAUAUGAAGGUGGCAAAGGAGGGCAUGGUGGUGGCAAAAGAGGUGAUGAAGCAAUGUAUGGUGGAGGUGGCGGCCGAAAUUAAUGAAUUCGCCUUAUGA